ACUAAAAUAUCUACAUCUUCCUCAAAUCCACCUCAAUUUUCCCUUCCUUUCUCUUUUUUUUUACUCUUUGCUUAAUUUUCAUCCAAGCAAAGUGUACUAAAUUUCAUCCCACAAAUUUAUUUAAAAUAUCUACUUCUUCCUCAUCUCCAACUCCAUAACCAACUAUUGAAGCCAAUUGAAAUUCAGCCCAAAAAAAAAAAGAAAGAAAAAUCAUUUUCUUUCCUCAUGAUUAUACAUUAUUGUUCUCAUGUAACAUUUUGCAUAUUAGUGCUAUAAUAAAUUCACUAUCUUUUUGUCCAUGGGUGUAAUUAUACUUAGUUCCUCAGCAAUAUGCUGCAAUAAUUUCAAUUGUUUAUCUGUAACUGAAACUAGACAAUCUACUAGUACACUACAUUUAUCAUUUAGAGCUAAAUGUUUUAGAAACUUGAAUUUUUUCCCAUGUGAAAAAACUAGGAAAAAACAUGUGUCCGCAAAGUGUUUGAUGAAAUGUUCCAAUGAAUUUUUGUUGGUGAAUGGGAAACCAAGAAAUGGGGUUUCUUCUGAUGAAGUAUUGAGUAGUUUGAAGUCGAUUUUGGAGCCAAAAAAGGCGUUAUCUUUGUUGAAUUGUAAGAAAAUUAGGGGGGAAAAUGUGGGUCCCACAAGGUGUUCGAUGAAAUGCUCGAAUGAAGUUUUGUUGGUGAAUGGAAAACCAAGAAAUGGGGUUUCUGCUGAUGAAGUAUUGAGGGAUUUGAAGUCGUUUUCGGACCCAAACGAGGCUUUAGCUUUGUUUAAAUCCGUAGCGAAUAUGCCUAGAGUUGUGCAUACUACAGAGACAUGUAAUUAUAUGUUGGAGUAUUUGAGGGUUAAUGAGAGGAUUAGUGACAUGGCUGUAGUGUUUGAUUUGAUGCAAAAACAGAUAAUAUAUAGGAAUUUGGAUACUUAUUUGAUUAUAUUUAAGGGUCUUCAUAUAAGGGGAGGAAUACGUGAAGCUCCAUUUGCUCUCGAAAGGAUGAAGAAAGCGGGGUUCGUGUUGAAUGCUUACUCGUAUAACGGGUUGAUACAUUUGAUUCUUCAAGCGGGGUUUUGGCAAGAAGCUUUAAAGGUUUAUAGAAGGAUGAUUUCAGAAAAGCUUAAGCCGAGUCUUAAGACGUAUUCUGCGUUAAUGGUUGCGUGUGGUAAAAGAAGGGAUACUGAAACGGUCAUGAGAUUGUUAAGUGAGAUGGAUGGUCUGGGAUUAAGGCCGAAUAUUUACACUUUUACAAUUUGCAUUAGAGUGCUCGGAAGGGCUGGAAAGAUCGAUGAUGCUUGUGCUAUAUUAAAGAGAAUGGAUGAUGAAGGUUGUGCUCCGGAUGUUGUUACUUACACGGUCCUCAUUGAUGCUCUUUGCAUUGCUGGCAAGCUAGAUAUUGCUAAAGAAGUCUUUUUCAAGAUGAAACGUGGGUCCCAUAAACCUGAUCGAGUGACUUACAUCACUUUGCUAGACAGGCUUAGUGAUCGUGGAGACUUGGACUCUGUAAGGGACUUCUUGGAUCGGAUGGAGGCCGAUGGUUAUAAAGCGGAUGUCGUCUCCUUUACCAUACUUGUUGAUGCUUUGUGCAAAGUAGGUAAGGUCGCUGAAGCAUUUGCUACAUUAGAUGAAAUGAGGGAAAAAGGUAUCUUACCUAAUCUUCAUACUUAUAAUUCAUUGAUUAGGGGCCUGCUAAGAAAGAACAGAGUUAAUGAAGCGUUGGAGCUGUUUGAUAGCAUGGAAUCUCUUGGAGUUGAGCUUACAGCUUACACGUAUAUCCUGUUUAUUGACUACUAUGGGAAAUCAGGUGACCCUGAUAAAGCACUUGAAACAUUUGAGAAGAUGAAAGCUCAUGGAAUCGUGCCUAACGUUGUUGCUUGCAAUGCAUCUUUGUAUAGUAUAGCAGAAAUGGGAAGGCUUGGAGAGGCGAAAAGUAUAUUUGAUGGAAUUAAAGAAAGUGGCUACGUUCCUAAUUCUAUCUCCUACAACAUGAUGAUGAAAUGCUAUAGCAAUGCAGGAAAAAUUGAUGAAGCUAUUAAAUUACUCUCCGAAAUGAUAGAAAGUGGUUGUGAUCCUGAUGUGAUCGUAGUCAAUUCAUUGAUUGACAUACUUUAUAAGGAUGGUCGGGCUAGUGAGGCAUGGGCAAUGUUUUACAGAUUGAAAGAUAUGAAACUGACUCCUACUGUUGUAACCUACAACACUUUACUGGCUGGAUUAGGAAAAGAGGGAAAGAUUCGAGAGGCCUAUGAGUUACUUGAUAGCAUGGCUCUUCAGGGGUGUGCUCCAAACACAAUCACUUACAAUACACUUUUAGAUAGUCUUUGUAAGAAUGGUGAGGUUGAUACAGCCUUGACGUUGCUUUAUCGAAUGAUAGGACCGGAUGUUUUCAGUUAUAACACUGUAAUUUUUGGGUUGGCUAAAGAAAAAAGGGUAACCGAAGCAUUUUUGCUAUUCCAUCAGAUGAAGAAGAAAAUUUAUCCUGACUGUGUAACUGUAUAUGCUCUUAUACCUAUUCUCGUGAAAGAUGGUUUAAUUAAUGAUGCUGUUAAGGUCGUGGAGGGUUUUGUUAACCAGGCAUUGAAUAGGUUAGACAGAUCCUUUUGGCCACAACUGAUGGAAGGUGUUUUGGGUGAAGCUGAAUUAGAUCAUUCCAUUUCUUUUGCAGAAAAACUGGCAUCUAAUCGUAUUUGCAAAAAUGACUUAAUAAUAGUACCUGUUAUUAGAGUUCUUUGCAAGCAAAAGAAAGCCCUUGAUGCUCAUGAACUUUUUGUAAAGUUCAAGAGCACAUUCGGAAUUCGUCCAACGCUAAGAUCAUAUUAUCCUUUGGUUGAAGGGCUUCUGGAUGUUCAUCUUAAAGAAUUGGCGUGGCAUCUUUUCAAAGAGAUGAAAAAUGCUGGUUGUGCUCCGGAUGUUUAUACCUAUAAUUUGUUUCUUGAUGAACUCGGAAAGUCCGGGAAGGUUGAUGAACUUUUUGAGCUGUAUGAGGAGAUGCUCCACAGAGGAUGUAAGCCAAUCGCGAUAACUUACAAUAUUCUCAUUUCUGGUUUGGUGAAGUCUAAUAAAGUAGAGAGAGCAAUAGAUUUGUACUAUGAUCUUGUAAGUUUAGGGUUUACACCUACUCCUUGUACAUAUGGUCCUCUCAUGGAUGGGCUUUUGAAGGUUAAAAAUUUUGACAAAGCAAAGGACUUUUUUGAGGAAAUGUUGGAAUACGGAUGCCGACCUAAUUCCGCUAUCUACAACAUUCUCAUAAAUGGGUUUGGGAAAGCCGGUGAUCUGAUAGCUGCUUGUGAUCUCUUUAACAGAAUGAAUAAAGAAGGAGUUAGACCAGAUUUAAAGACGUACACCAUUCUUGUAGAUUGCCUAUGCACUGCAGGGAAGGUGGACGAUGCUCUGAACUACUUUGAGGAACUGAAGUCAGCUGGACUUGAUCCUGAUUUGAUUUCUUACAACCUGAUGAUCAACGGUCUUGGGAAGUCCGGUAAAAUGAAGGAAGCACUUUAUCUUCUUGAUGAGAUGCAAAGCAGAGGAAUUACCCCUAAUCUUUAUACCUAUAAUACCUUGAUACUCAAUCUUGGGAUUGCUGGUAUGUUGGAGGAGGCUGGAAGGAUGUAUGAAGAACUUCAGCAACUCGGUCUUGAACCCGAUGUUUUUACAUAUAAUGCUCUUAUUAGAGGGUACAGUAAGUCUGGUGAUCCAGAUGGUGCGUAUGCCAUUUAUGAGAAGAUGAUGGUUGGAGGUUGUAGCCCAAAUAGUGGAACUUUUGCACAGCUACCUAAUUAAAGCCGGACUUUUUAGGUUCUUCAAGUGAAACUUGUGAGAGCGAGUACCUAAACUCUGCCUUGGGCUGCUAAGCGAUUGCUUUUGCUGAUCGGACGUUAUUAUUUGAAAAGAGAGGUAGAGUUUAUUCACUCGUUUGCAGCUUUGAGAUGCGUCUGCAAGGUUCUUUGGGCUCUGGUGCGAACCUCAAAGGCUUCGGAUUUCAUUUGUAAG